AUGUAUUUGCUAUAUAGGUGCUCAAGCUUAGUCUGCAGAGGAGUCCCGCUGUUGCAAGUUGAAGACCUCCAGGCAAUCAUCGGCAGCAGUGCAACCAACAGCAGCAGCAGCAGCAGCAGCAGCUAUAGAGACAACGGCAGGGAGGCUGCAGUAUUGCUGUACGCCUCUUGGGAUUCAAGUAGCACGCUUCUGCUGCAGACCUGGCAUCAGGCAGCUACUGCUUUUCAGCAGAGUCGGCGGGGGUCUCUGUCUGUAUUCUCCCUCGCGGUGUCUCUCUUCAGAAAGAGGGAUAAGGCCCAUACAGAAGAUGUCCUUACAGCAGCAUUUGACUGUGCGCAGCAGCAACAGCAGCAGCAGCAACAGCAGCAGCAGCAGCAGCAACAACAACAACAGCAGCAGGAGCAGCAAGAGCAGCAGCUGCAGCAAGACGCCAGAUCCCUGUGCCGCAGCCUGGGGGUAACUGCUCUGCCUGCCCUUCUCUACUUCACUCCACACCCAAUAGGCUCAAAGCAGCAGCAGCAGCAGCAGCGGCUCUUGGCUUUCUUUGACGAUGAAGAAGAUGUGCUGCUACACCCCCGUGCUACGAGGUACAAGGGAGACCUCCUGAUGAGAGAAGCCAUCGUUGACUGGUUGAGGCUGCUGCACUUCAUUUCGCGCUUGCAACGGCUAACCAGCAGCAGCAGCAGCAGCGGCAACUGCAGCAGCGAGUCGCAACAGUUGCAGAAACAGGUGCAGCAACAGCAGCAGAUCAUCGAGCAGCAACAUCUGCUCCUGCUGCAACAAAAAAUGGAGCUAGAGCGGCUGCGCAAGCAGCUGCGGGAGCCGUAG